AUGCUGCCGCCGCCGCCGCCACCAGUGUCGGAGGACUAUCCAGCCUGGUGGGAUGAGGUGUGGGCCAGCCCGCUGGAUGUGCGCCGCAGGAUCUUCUGCAACCGCUCCCUCAACAUGGCCCACAUCAAGGCAGGCUUUGCCAUUGGAUUUGACAUGGACUACACCUUGUCACAGUACCGACCAGAGACCUUCGAGGUGCUCGCCUACAAUCUGACCAUCAACAAACUCAUACACAAUUUUGACUACCCAAAGGAGCUGCUGGACUUUGAAUUUGACUUCCGGUACAUGAUGCGCGGCCUGAUCAUCGACAAGAAGCGCGGCAACAUCUUGAAGAUGGACCGGCACAAGUAUGUUAAAGUUGCCUUUCAUGGCUUCCGCAAACUGACCAGGGAGGAGCGCUUGAACACAUAUGCCCACGCACGGGAGAGGACAGAAUUUGACGAGCCGGACUAUGCGCUGAUAGACACGCUGUUCAGCCUGGCAGAGGCGCAUCUAUUCAUGCAGAUCAUCGAGCUCAUGGAGUCCAAGCCUGGCAUCAUGCCGCCCAACAAAACCUUUGCUGACAUCUACAGGGAUGUCAGGGCGGCUGUGGACUUGUGCCACAGGGACGGCAGCCUCAAGCGCAGCGUCGCGGAAAACCCAGCAAAGUACAUUCACGAGGACCCGCGGCUGCCCAAGCUGCUGGAGGAGCUGCGCGCGAGUGGGCGCAAGCUGUUCCUGGCCACCAACAGCCUGUGGGACUACACCCACGUCGUCAUGAACUUCCUGCUCGCCGGCCGCACCGGCGCCGACAAAAACUUCGAAUGGCUCGAGUACUUCGACGUCGUCAUCACAGGCUGCGGCAAGCCGGAGUUCUUCAUAAAGAAGAAGGCGCUGUUUGAGGUGCACACGGAGACAGGGAUGCUGUGCAACACAGACGGUGGGACGCCCAUGGUGCCAAUUGGCGAGGAGGACCUGCCCGCGCCGGGGUUCAUGUCGAGUGCGCCGGGGGGUCUGGGGGAGCACGAGGCGGGAGCACAGUGCCGCGUGUUCCAGGGCGGCUUCUACCAGGACCUCCACAAAAUGCUCGACAUCUCCUCCGGCGGCGAGGUGCUGUACGUGGGGGAUCACAUCUACGGGGACAUCCUGCGCAGCAAGAAGACGCUGGGCUGGCGCACCAUGCUGGUCGUGCCCGAGCUGGAGACAGAGCUCGAGAUCCAGGCCGCCAGUGUCGGCGUCGGCUGCGAGCUCAAGACGCUGCGUCAGCAACGCGAUGGCCUCGAAGACCAGAUACAGCGCCUGGAGGCCACCAUUGCCCGCUCCCGCGCUGCGGGUCUGUUGGAUGGCGAUCCUGAUGAGGAGGACCUGGAAGAGGUGGUGGCCAACCUGAGGGAGCAGCGGGACAAGGUGCGGGAGAGGCACAGCGCGCUGCUGCAGGAGCACCACGAGCGCUUCCACAAGGUGUGGGGCCAGCUGCUCAAGACGGGGUACCAGAACAGCCGGUUCGCGCACCAGGUCGAGCGCUUUGCCUGCCUCUACACCUCCCACGUCUCCAACCUCUGCUUCUACUCCCCAGACAAGUCCUACAGGGGCCGGAUGGACCACAUGGCGCAUGAGGAGGAGCCUGCCUUUGUGGAGCCCCCUGCUUGUCCCCUGCCCAACCCACGGCGGUCUCAGACUGCUGACUCAUGAGCUCAGGCUGGGGUGGCCAUGAGCGGCGCUGUCAACGCAGCGCAUUUGCGAUGGUGUCUUGGCUUGGCAUCUUUGAGCAGUGAUCACCCAUGACGCAAGAGAUUUGUUGCGGUUGGAAAAGUUGUAUUUGGAAUGACAGCUGUCGCGCUGCUCACCAGGGCACGGCCAGGCAAUUAUUGCUACGGGUGAUGUGCUGAUGGGAGCAGCUUCGAAUACUGCUUGAAAGAGAAACAAAUGAAAGACAAAAAUUUAACCGCAUGGACAAGCACUUGGACUGUUACAGUGUGUGUGAAAGAUAGGACAUGACUGUAUUGUGAUAAAUUUGCUGAUGAGAUGGGACUUGCAGCUCCCUCAUAAGGUGAGGUAUAUGGCAAUUGCAAGCCUUACGAUCUUUGUGACCAGGGCUCAUGGUCACCUGUAACAGCAAUUGCAGUGC